AUGUAUGGGCAAGUUGUAAUUGGUCCUCCAGGAGCAGGCAAAUCCACCUAUUGCCAUGGAAUGUAUCAAUUCUUAUCAGCAAUUGGACGUAAACUGAGCAUUAUAAAUUUGGACCCAGCGAAUGAUAGACUUCCUUACCCUUGUGAUUUGGAUAUAAGAGACUACAUCAGCUUGGAUGAUGUCAUGAAUGAGCUAAAUUUGGGCCCCAAUGGUGGUUUGAUGUUUGCUAUGGAACUGUUGAUUGUCAACGGCAUUGAGUUGUUCCUUUCAAAAGUUAAAAAGCUUGUUGAUGAAAGAAGUUAUUUACUUUUUGACUGUCCAGGACAAAUCGAGUUAUUUACUCAUCAUGGUGCAUUGCACAAGAUAUUCAAUACGUUGACAAAACAAGCAAAAUUAAGGCUAUGCGUUGUAUCGUUGGUAGACUCCAUCUAUUUGACCAGUCCGUCACAAUACAUUUCCAUAUUGCUACUAAGUCUACGAUCAAUGUUGCAAUUGGAGCUCCCUCAAGUCAAUGUCAUUAGCAAGAUCGAUUUGUUAAAAGGUUAUGGGCCUUUGCCUUUUAGGUUAGACUACUAUACAGAGGUCCAAGACUUAAAUUACCUAACUCCCUAUUUGGAAAAGGAAUCAAACUCGGUAUUGGGUAAAAAAUAUGUACGUUUGACGCAACUAAUAGGUGAAUUGGUGGAAGAGUACCAUUUGGUGGCAUUCGAAGUACUAUUCGUCGAAGAUAAACAGAGCAUGAUCAAUUUAUUAAGUGUCAUAGACAAGGCCAAUGGAUACAGCUUUGGCAGUGAGGUUGGAGGUGAUACAAUUUGGAACGAAGCGAUCAGGCAAGGCGGUUCUGUCGGUGUUCAAGAAGUGGAUAUUCACGAACGAUGGAUUGAUGAAAAGGAAAAGUUUGAUAAAGAAGAAGAAAAGAGAAGAAACGCGGUAAAUGAAGAAGAAGAGGCUAUGGAUAUCGAUAAACAAGAUGUUGAUGAGAAUGUGGAGGAUGCGGAAUGGCAAGCUGCAUUACGUGAUUGGGAGGAAACGCGUGGAGGGAAUGGUGCCAUGAAUAGAUGA